AUGAGCUCUGAGCUGAUUCACAGAACACAGACACGAGAAUCCUCCCAUCGCACCUCUUAUUCGCCGCCUGCAUCCAGUACCCCGCAAAAAUCCAUCAACCGGAUCGGUUAUAUGUUGCGCGAUCGCCUCCCGUUCCUCCUCGUGGGCGUCGCACUCGCCACCCUCUUCUUCCACGUUCUCCCUUCUCGAUCCAUCUUGGCCACUGCUCGAGACUCGCCCCUGGAGACCCAGUUGACUCUGCCAACUCGCCGGGUCCUGAUGGAGGGGCCCAUCGAGAAGAAGGGAAGGGCACCUGUGGGAGUUAAGGGCAGGAAGCCGAAGCGGAUCCUGGUCACCGGCGGAGCCGGUUUCGUUGGAAGCCACCUCGUCGACCGUCUGAUGGAAAGAGGCGACAGCGUCAUCGUCGUCGAUAAUUUCUUCACCGGAAGGAAGGAGAACGUGCUGCACCACAUGGGGAACCCCAACUUCGAACUCAUUCGCCACGACGUUGUUGAACCCAUCCUCCUCGAGGUUGACCAGAUCUACCACUUGGCUUGCCCCGCUUCUCCCGUUCAUUACAAGUUCAACCCCGUCAAGACCAUCAUAUCCUUCAUCGUUCAUGAUGGAUUGGAUUGUUUGAAAUUGGAAUCCUUGAUUCCUAUGUGGUUCCUGGAGCACAAGACCAACGUGGUGGGAACGUUGAACAUGUUGGGAUUGGCAAAGAGAGUGGGUGCACGGUUUUUGCUUACUAGCACCAGUGAGGUUUACGGUGAUCCACUUCAGCAUCCUCAGUCUGAGACCUACUGGGGCAACGUUAAUCCCAUCGGUGUAAGGAGCUGUUACGACGAGGGAAAGCGCACUGCAGAGACAUUGGCAAUGGAUUAUCACAGAGGCGCUGGAAUUGAGGUGAGGAUUGCUCGAAUCUUCAACACUUAUGGACCGAGAAUGUGCAUUGAUGAUGGGCGUGUAGUUAGUAACUUUGUUGCACAGGCGUUGAGGAAGGAGCCAUUGACUGUUUAUGGCGACGGAAAACAGACCAGAAGCUUUCAAUAUGUAUCAGACCUGGUAGAAGGUUUAAUGCGGCUGAUGGAAGGUGAUCAUGUCGGUCCUUUCAAUCUCGGCAACCCUGGUGAAUUCACUAUGCUUGAACUGGCUCAGGUGGUACAAGAGACCAUAGACCCAAACGCAAAGAUAGAGUUUAGACCAAACACAGAAGAUGACCCACAUAAGAGGAAGCCAGACAUCUCAAAAGCGAAGGAGCUUCUUGGGUGGCAGCCCUCUGUGUCCCUCCGAGAUGGACUUCCUCUAAUGGUAUCUGAUUUCCGGCAAAGAUUGUUUGCUGAUGCAAAACUCAAUGCGGGCAAAUCUGUAGCAUAG